GUCUCUGAGUGUUAGUUCAGAUUUCGUGUUGGAGGAGUAGAUGUGUAGUUUCGUCGGAAGCCACGAUUUUUCGUAUAUAUCUCUCAUCUGGAAACUAAUUUGUGCUGUGUAAAUAUUUAGCUUGUUUUUAAUGCGGUGCUAAAUGAUAUAAAUAUAUGACUUGUGUUUUGUGCUCGAAAUACCAUGGAUUAUAGAGACGUGUCUUCUGUCAGGUCGCUUUAAAAGGGUGCCAUGGCGCAGCGGGAUGUCCGAACAAUGUCAUCGUAGUUGAAUCCGUCUGUAGCUAUUGAAGAAUCGUCCUCCAGGAGAAUAUUGCAGUCCCCAAGUGCAUGAUCUGGCCUACACCAUGAAAGCCACAAGCUGCAUUCUUGUGGUUUUAAUACUGUUCACUCUAGAGACGCAGACCUUUACCGCCAGUUCGUCUUACAUGUCCCUCGACCAAUCAGAGAUGCGAUGCGAAAACAUAACCGUUCCUAUGUGCAUGCACAUAGGCUAUAACAUGACUCAUAUGCCGAACGAGCUCAACCACGACACUCAAGAAGAAGCCGGCUUGGAAGUGCAUCAGUUUUGGCCACUGGUUGAAAUCAAAUGCUCCCCCGACCUCAAGUUUUUCCUCUGCUCCAUGUACGUGCCGAUUUGUCUACCGGACUACUUCCAGCCGUUGCUGCCCUGCAGGGAUCUGUGCAGGAGAGCCAGAGCUGGCUGCGAACCUCUGAUGACGCAGUACGGCUUCGUCUGGCCCGAAAGGAUGGAGUGCGAUAGAUUCCCUGUCCAAGGCGGCGACACCAUCUGCAUGGACCAGCCCGCUCAACCGAAAGCUUCGUCUACAGCCAAACCACCUCCGAGCCGCACCAAACCCCUCCGACCAUGUAAGGGUUCAAAAAACUGUCAAAAUCCCCUGGCAGACGGAAAAAAGGGCGCAAGAGAGUGCAAAUGCCAGUGUCAACGCCCUCUAGUCGCCAUGGGGAGAGAAACAAUACACAUGGUAAACAGAAGCGUCGCCGGCGUCGCAAACUGUGCAUUCCCGUGCAAGGAGACCUACUUCAACCCGGAGGAAAAGGAGUUCGCCAGUAUUUGGAUUACGUUGUGGUCCGGUCUAUGCGCCGCAUCCACCCUAAUGACACUCACCACGUUCUUCAUCGAAACGGAACGCUUCAAAUACCCUGAGAGGCCCAUUGUCUUCCUUUCGGCCUGCUACUUCCUAGUCUCGGUGGGGUACUUGAUAAGGGUGGGAUUCGGGCACGAGGAGGUAGCCUGCGAGGACAGAAUGAUCCGAUAUUCAUCCACGGGUCCGAGCCUGUGCACGUUGGUUUUCCUUUUGGUGUACUUUUUCGGGAUGGCGUCGUCGAUUUGGUGGGUGGUGCUUUCGCUGACUUGGUUCCUGGCUGCCGGGUUGAAGUGGGGCAACGAAGCCAUCGCCGGCUACGCUCAGUACUUCCACAUAGCAGCCUGGCUGAUCCCCACCUUCCAAACUCUGGCCGUGCUUUUGUCCGGUGCUGUUGAUGGAGACCCGGUUUCGGGGAUCUGCUACGUGGGGAACAUGAACAUGGAUAACCUUCGAACCUUCGUCUUGGGCCCUCUCGUGGUCUACCUGAUACUCGGUACUAGCUUCCUCCUAGCGGGAUUCGUGUCUUUAUUCAGAAUAAGGAACGUCAUCAAGAAGCAAGGCGGUGACGGCGCCGGAUCCAAGGCCGAUAAGUUGGAAAAGCUCAUGAUUAGAAUCGGCAUCUUCAGCGUGCUGUACACUGUUCCCGCUACCAUAGUCAUAGGCUGUCACCUUUACGAAGUGACCUUCCACGAGGAGUGGCUCCGAUCUCUAGCUUGCACGUGCCCCAAUAGCGACAUCCUCCCCGUGAAAGUGCGGCCGCUCUAUUCGGUCCUAAUGCUCAAGUACUUCAUGGCGCUAGCCGUCGGUAUAACCUCCGGAGUGUGGAUCUGGUCCGGGAAGACCUUGGACUCGUGGAAGAGGCUGUGGAGGCGGCUCUUUGGCAGGCCGGACUUCUCUGGUGCCAACGCGGCGCUCAUCAAGAACAGAGCUUGCAAACCGCCUCCGCCGCAAUAUCUAGUAGCCGGACCGGGCAGCGCCUCUCUUUUGGGGCCCACGGGCAGUGUAGCCUCGGCGAGCCAGCACCAUUUGCAUCACCACGUGCUCAAACAACCCCCGUUGAGCCACGUAUGACAAGCGGGAGAAGGGGCAGCGCCUAUGGUGGUCAGUCAUCCUCCUCAGGGUUCUGGACCUUCCUUAAGCAACUACGGGCCUAUUUGAGUGACCGCCUGGGGGCCCCGCGAUAUGGUCACAGCUCUCUAGUCUCUGGUGGUGUCAUCUGAUUCGGCACUCGGUUUUUGUACAGACGGAAUCGCUUUACGGAUUUGUUGUGUAUUUAUUUAUUAUUUUUUGGGAAAUUGAUGUGUAAAUUUCAAAUUUGUGAUUUGGGAAUGACUCAUACUCAUGUCGAGGCCCUCGGUCAUGUUCAGUAGAAAAGACACGAUGUAGGUACGAUCCUAGUUGUUGAAUGUUACUGUGAGGCAUAUAUUUGGAUUCGAGACUCCAUGGAGUCUUACUAUAUUUAUCCCGGACACAUUUACCUAGAACGAAAAAAUUCCUGUCAGUUUUUAUUUUUGGAAAACUGUUGAGUGAAUAUUUAGUAGUUCAACUUUUAUAAAAACUAUUUGGUAUCGGUGGCCACGUGUUUUCUAUAUACCUGAACCAGAGUAAAUCUCCACUGAUUUAUUAUCUGUUGUGCAACGUUAUCAAUCAUUCUGUCUCGACACUGCCUCACACACAAAUAGUAUAGGAAUUGUCCCUUCCCAAUUUUCGAAAGACGCGGAUUAAGUGUCUGAAUACCAAAAGUGAUGAAUAAUAUACGUAAAUAGUUUUUACUUCGACUAGUACUCUUUUGUGGUAAACGUGCGGCUGAAUGUGAAUUUGAUAUUUCAUUAGAAUAAUGAAGCAAGAGAAAAUUGGAAAUCAGCCAUAUUUGUGCCAUAGUAACGUGUACAGGGGACCAUCUUUUGGUGAUUCUAUUGAAAUAUCGAAGAGGGUGUAUGUGGUGUGUGUUUUGUAGAAAUAAAUGUAAAAAUAUUAAUAUAUUCUUGUAGUUCUGGCUAGCGUAUAGGUUUUUAUAAUACAUUGUUGAUAAAAGUGGACCCCCAUAACCUUUUGUACUGCUGUCUAUUUAACCAAUUUGUAAAUAUCACUGGCGCAACGAGGCAUAUUUGUCGAAGUCGGCUGCAAUACAUGUAAUAUUUAUUGAUAGAAAUUAUCAUAUGGAUGUAUAGAAUAAUAACAUAUGAAUGUAUAGGCGUCCUUGUUGGAUGUGAUGAAAAAAGUGAUUUUUUGUAUCCAGAUGAGUCUUCUGUUGCUUUGGAGUUUUGAACGACCUCCCCACCAGCGUGGUCGGAAAAAUCAUCAAAGCAACAGUUGAGAAUUAUAGCUUUAUUGAAUGUAUAUGAGUGUAGAACAUAUCAAAACGACCGGAAAAAGGAAUUUCGCACAUUUUGUUUGUCUUUGUAAAUUUUAUUUC